AUGGUGGCACCCACAGAGAUUAAAUUUGAGGUAGAAUGGUCCAACAUACAACAAGGUUUUACCAAGCUGAUAAGAAUGAUAGAAGGAGAGUCUGAACCAGCAUUUAAUCAGGAAAUUAUGAUGAUGAUGCAUACGGCUACUUACCGUAUAUGCGCCUACAAGAACCCUCAACAGCUUUAUGAUAAGUAUCGUGAAUUAAUUGAGAAUUAUGCAAUCCAAACGGUGUUGCCAUCUUUAAGGGAAAAGCAUGAUGAAUGUAUGCUACGAGAGCUUGCUAAGAGGUGGAAUGCCCAUAAACUUUUGGUUAGAUUAUUUAGCAGAAGGUUGGUCUAUUUAGACGAUUCCUUUCUUUCUAAAAAAGGCCUUCCAUCACUGAGGGAAGUUGGCUUGAAUUGCUUCCGCGACCAGGUUUAUCGUGAAAUGCAGUCCAUGGCCGCAGAAGCUAUAUUAGCACUUAUUCAUAAAGAACGUGAGGGUGAACAAAUUGAUAGAGAACUUGUGAGAAACGUAAUAGAUGUCUUUGUUGAGAAUGGGAUGGGAACUCUAAAAAAAUAUGAAGAGGAUUUUGAAAGGCUCAUGCUUCAAGAUACUGCUUCUUACUAUUCUAGCAAGGCAUCAAGGUGGAUCCAAGAGGAGUCUUGUCUUGAUUACACGCUAAAGCCUCAACAGUGUUUACAAAGGGAGAGGGAGAGAGUCACUCACUACCUUCAUCCAACCACUGAACCCAAACUAUUUGAGGUUCGUUAUGGUAUCAUUAUUUGGAAUUAA